AUGGCGAAGGAGAAGAGGGAGGAUGAAUAUAAUGAGGAGGGUGUAGAGAAAGACGAGGAGGAAGGAAAGGGGCAUCGCCUGAACAACGCCAGCAUCGCCCGAACAACGCCAGCAUCGCCCGAACAACGCCAGCAUCGCCCGAACAACGCCAGCAUCGCCCGAACAACGCCAGCAUCGCCCGAACAACGCCAGCAUCGCCCGAACAACGCCAGCAUCGCCCGAACAACGCCAGCAUCGCCCGAACAACGCCAGCAUCGCCCGAACAACGCCAGCAUCGCCCGAACAACGCCAGCAUCGCCCGAACAACGCCAGCAUCGCCCGAACAACGCCAGCAUCGCCCGAACAACGCCAGCAUCGCCCGAACAACGCCAGCAUCGCCCGAACAACGCCAGCAUCGCCCGAACAACGCCAGCAUCGCCCGAACAACGCCAGCAUCGCCCGAACAACGCCAGCAUCGCCCGAACAACGCCAGCAUCGCCCGAACAACGCCAGCAUCGCCCGAACAACGCCAGCAUCGCCCGAACAACGCCAGCAUCGCCCGAACAACGCCAGCAUCGCCCGAACAACGCCAGCAUCGCCCGAACAACGCCAGCAUCGCCCGAACAACGCCAGCAUCGCCUGAACAACGCCAGCAUCGCCUGA